AUGUAUCUCAGUGAGCGGAGAAGAAACACUGGCAUUAGUAUUAUUAUGUCAACGAAACAUUUGCGACGAUAUUUACAAGGAAAAAAGGCAACUGGAGAGGAGAACUUAUUAGUCCAACAAAAAGAGGAGAGCUCCGAAUCGGCAGAUGAAGAAGGAAAGUCGGAAGCAUUUGUGUGCAAUAGAUAUAAAUUCCUCGAGGAAUCCGGCGAAGGAGGAGACGAAAGUUCUGGGCUAAUUGAGGAAGCACCAGUAGAGAACAUUCCGGAAAAAAAGGGAAAAAAAAUGAUAAAGAAGAAAAGAAAGGAAAAAAAAAAAGCACACUGUACUAUAACAGAUGAUUUAGACAUAUUGGAUAUUCUUUCGCUGGAAACUCAACUUCCCAAAAACAGUGAUAUGGUCUUUGAGAGAGAUUUAUUUAAGGUAGACAGUAGAAUGCUGAACGUGGAGAAUGAAUUACGUUCAAUCCUGGGUCGAAGAAGCACAGAUGCACUUCAACGCGGACGAGUGAUUUUUGGUAAAAUAGUGAAAAAAAAACCAACUUGGCCAGAAGUUAAAAAUGUUGGUUUAUCAAUGGAAUUAGAUCGCAUCGAAGAUAAUAUAUUGUGGUUCAGGUUUUCGCAUCACACUUAUUAUCGUGAAUUACAGCAAAAUUUUUGGAUUGCAUCAGAAUCACUGAAUCAUAAUUUUAUAUCGAAUAUUUUGACACAAUGCCCGUACCACUUAGAUAGCCUGCUUAUUAUGGCCGAAUUAUUAAGACAACAAGAAGACUAUCAGUUCUCACGUGAUUUAAUUGAACGUGGACUAUUUUGUUGUGAAAGCGUAUUUGCUCCUCGAUUUCAACUGAGCAACUUUGAUCAUCGCAUUGAUUAUGUUAAUUUCGAAAAUCGAGCGUUUUACUUGUUGCUCCAUCGACAUCUGCGAAACCUUGUAGACCGUCAUUGCUUCAAAACGGCCCUUCAUGUUGCUAGACUUAUUUAUCGCUUGGAUCCUGUAUCGGAUCCACUUGCCAUAAUGCUUACCAUCGAUACGAUUGCUUUGAAAGCACGGGAGUACAAUUAUCUAAUUCGUCUAUACAAUACAUUGCAAGCUUCAAAAAACUUGGAUAGACUUCCAAAUUUCGCAUAUUCCGUCUCCCUUGCCUAUUUUUUUCUCUUCUGCGAAAGUGGAAAUGCUGGAGAUAAGGAAGUUGCUGAUUUUAUGAUUGCUUCGGCUAUUCGACAUUUUCCAACAGUGCUACUGAAACUUUUAGAUGCAAUGAACGUGCAGCCUGAUCUAACGGUAGAAAAUAAUAAAUAUAUGAGCGCAUUAGCUCAUGAAAGAGAAAGUGAAGGAAUAAAAUUGCUCACAGCAAUAUAUGUAAAGCUAGCAUCGUCGAUUUGGUUAAAAGAUCCGUCGAUACUUUCAUGGCUGGAAGGAAUCACAUUAGCAACCAUAUCAUCAUUCAAUAAUUUCAAAGAAGAACUUGCCGAUUGGGAGAGACUGAGAAAAACAUGUUAUAUUGGAAUACCGCGGAACAUCGAACGACAUGCAUACUUAUGGGAAGUAACAAGAAAUGCGGAAUGGAUUCUAUCAGAUCCCGCACCACCGUAUAAUAGUCGAAUGAUGUAUGAAAGAAUAGCGAGUACACCGCGGCCUGAUUCCUUUUUCUCAGGACUACUACAUUCUGUGUGGCCCAAUUACGAUCAGGCUCAACACUUGAAUGCUAGCAUUGAAGAGGUACUAAAUGUUUUACGCGGGAUGUUCGUUAAUGAAGCAACUGACGUUAAUAACCGGGAAGAACGCAGUAGGGAGGCAGUUGAUGAAGUGGAAGAUGAGGAAGUAGAGUCAAGAGAGGAGUUCGGCGUAGCUGGCGAUGAUGAUGAUGCCGAAGCCGGUCCAGCUGGAGUGAGAUAA